AUGAAUUAAACUUUCAUCAUUUAGAUAUUUAAAUAAUAUAUUCUGCUUUACUUAAAAGCUCUUUUACUACCUAGGUAUAAUUACUUCUUUAAUAAACUAAGCAACUUGAUAUGCUUUAUUUAUUUACAAGCUUUCUAAUAUUUUGCAAAUACACUCAAUUUCCUGAGGGUUACCAUCGGAGGUCGAUAUUUAUUAAGUGGGCAAAAACCCGUAGAGUCCUCUUCGUAAUAUAACUAAAAUGCGUCUUUCCAUAAAAACAUAUCAUCAACAAUCAUGAAAUUAUAAUCUUCAGAAAUAUUCUUUAUAAUGUUUGCAGCUCUACAUUAAAAACCAGCAUGUUAAAUGAUUUUAUCUUGUUAUCUUUCUUAUUCUUUUUCUUCCUAUUAUUAGAAGUUAAAAUCUUCUAUCUCAAAUUCCAUGGUUAAACUUUAAUUUAUUCUUUUUUUCUUAUUAUUUGCGAAAACAAAUUUAGGAAAGUAUAUUUUUUUAACAAGAUUAUUCAACUAAUAUGCUUUAUCUUUCUAUAGAAUUUUAGUUAAACCUGUGGAUAGUAAACAUAUUUAAAAAAGAAAUACUGACUGA